AGAGUGCACGACGCCGUGCUGUGUAUGCAGGUGUACAGGGACGAGGAGGGAGACCACUCCAACAGGCUCUUUGCCGCCAUGGCCGACGGGACUGUGGCUGUCUUUGAGAACAUCACUGCCAGCUGUGCAUCCUAUGACCUUCUCUACCUCCCCAUUGGGCAGUCUCAGGUCACAUGUCUUCAGUUGCUCGGCAACCAGCUUUGGUGUUCUUGUGGAAACACAGUGUCCAUCAUUCAUGCAAGCACGUUGGACCCAAUGGACCGGUUCACUGUGUCCGCUAACCCGUACGACACAGUUCUCUCCCUUGUCCCCGGACUUCCUGGCGUGUGGCUGUCCGUGAGGGGUUCCAGUGUCCUUGAACUCUGGGACCCCAUGAGUUUGUCCUGCAAGAUGCUCUACGAUACUCGGACAGGUCGCUACCCCAACUUAAGAAAGGAAGACGACACAUACUUCAACAACGCGCGCAUCACGUCCAUCCUGGCCUUAGACCACAGCGUGUGGGUGGGGACAGGGGAGGGAACUCUCAUCACCUUUGACGUGUUCACCCAGGGCAAGACGCCCUCCGACUCCUCCCCCUUCAUGACAGAAGCCGUGGGUCUCACGGACAUGGAGGACAGCCAGUCGUGGCUGACCCUCCAACACAAGGGGGACACUGAUAGUUUGACGCGGCUGGUUGAAGUAGAGAAGCGAGUGAAGGACUUGUACUGUCAGAGGCUAGUUGGAGACAGCUUUGUUGCGGAUACGUCACGUGAUACGUCAAGUGAUAAUAGCCUACUUCCUCCUUCCGCUCCUCUUACUCCUCGGGGUGACGGGGAAGGGGACAACUCUUCCACAGUGUCUUCUGCUGCUGGUGUCGCUCCUCCUGCUGGUAAACUCACUUCGGGGAACCGUUCGGAAAAAGACAAUGCUAAAGUUAGAGAUAACUCCCGUAGCUCCUCUGACCAGGGGAAGCCAGCGGGUGUUAAAAACGUUCGAGAAGGUUCUCGAAAUAUUCAGAAUAUGCGGAGGGAAGCGGCAGGUGGUCAAAAUGGUAAGACCUCAUCAUCUAGCAACAGUUCAAAAGUCAAGUCAAAGACUGACAGAAGUUCUUCUGGCUCGGCCGGCAAGGCUUCUGUGGAGAAAAAAUUGUCCACCGGCUCCAACAAGACGGACGUGUCGGUGACGUCAAAUGUGUUGGCCGAAACCGACGACAACUCGUCGGCCGUCACGAAAAUGUCAUCGGCUGUUAGUGGGUCCCACACGUCGGGCGCCGUGUCUCAGAACGACUCCGGAUACGCCAAGACCGGAAGCUUCUCGUCCACCUCCUCGUGUGCGCCAGACUCCACGUCCCUGAACAACACACUCGUCGCGGACCGGAGCUCUGAUGAGGGCAAAGGUCAGGACGAGUCUGUGAGUAACGGCCACCUGCCAGAGCCCCCCUCCGUGUAUUAUUUGUACAGACCUGAUAUGGAGAAAGACGAGCCAAAAAGAAAAGAUUCUGGGAGUGAUCAGAGUGUUGCGAAAACAGAUUCCGGCCAGGGUUUGGCUCGUGGCAAAAACUCAACUUCUCGUUUAAUGCAGGAGGGUCGAACAAAAAAUAAGUCUGAAGACAGUGGGGUGUCAUCUAUUACAGAUGAUAACAUUCCUAACGCCAAGGAGAAAAAAGACAAUGAAAACGCUAAGAAGAUCAGUUCCUCUUCCGACAGAUCUUCAUCCAACAAACACCUACCGUCAGAUAAACUAAAUGGCGUGCAGACUUCAGAACAAAUCAAGAACAUGAAGAACAGGCUGAAAAACUCUGGUAGCUCAGAUCCCGGGGAUGACUUUCAAAAGGAAAAUAACCUCGAGUGUUGUAUAAAUAAGGGGUCGAGGUUUUAUUCCAACGGCGACAGCGAUAUUUCAAGCAUGUCUCAAACCGAGGACAAUGCUGAGACCGCUGAGUGCGAAGGUAAUGCAACCACAGAUGUUGUACUUUCUGACAAAGAAGAAGCAGCUCUUGGCGACUCACUGAAAGUUGAUGAGAAAACCUCGAGUCCACCGGCAGACGACCAGAACGUUGGUGUCGUCGUCGUCCCUGGACAGAGGUCGCAGACGAGCCAGUCUCUCGAGUCCAACGGGCGGAGUGUGUCAGAAGAUUCGAACAAAACGUGUGGUUCCGACGACGUUUUCUCGGAGGAUACCCCCAUAGACACGUCGUUAGAAACACCGACACAGGACGGCAGUCACGCCAACCCUCCGCCGGGACAUGGACGUUCUUCUGAAUUCGAAUCACCUGAGAAGGAUGUGGAGGAUACUUCUUUCUCUAAUUCUACAACACCGUGUGGUGGAGACGUUUCUGUCCCCAACGGACAUUGCGUUAACGGGUAUUUAAGCGACAAACAUGGGUCCCAAGAAGACGAUGUUGUAACAACGCCUGUGGAAAGAGCAGUCGCCCACAGAAAUUCCCGAAGAAGCACGCUCGCUAACGUCCGGUCUCUUGCAGCUCAGUUUGAGGCGAAGGUGAAGGAUAAUUCUGUGGAGUCACCUUCCUCAUCUCCUACGAAACUCAGAUCACCAACAAGGCCUGUUGGUGUUCCAGAAAGCUUAGUCGCCCCCAGAAAUGGGUCUCUGGGCAAAGAAAGGACGGGCGUCGAACGACCCUCCAGUCUCCCUCUCGCCCCUAACGGGCACACAAAGCUACGUCGGGUCGUCUCUAACCCGGUCGGCGGAAGACCGCGACGGUUUGCUGGGAAGUCUGAGACGUUUUCUCAGUUUUACGUCGAGCUUCAUAAAGCCCCGACCCGUGAUACAGACGUGAAGGAGAUAGGAUUAAAAGACUGUCAAGCGAAGCUGUGCAGCAAAUCGGAGAUGCUCAGUCCGGAGGAUUCUUCAAGAACGACAGCGACCACCCCGAGCACUGUCACGGAGACAGAAAGCGUUGCUAGCAACGCGGACAUUGACACCAAAUUCUACGGGGACUCGGACGAAGAGACUUGUGUUCACGAGGCUCGUGUUCAGUCUUUCAAGAACACCUACAAAAAACUGUCCUCUGUCAACGCACCCAAAUUUCGCCCACAGACUGAAAUAAUUCCCGAAAAUGAUGCAGGCUCAGGAAAAGAUUUGACCCCGAGCAUUCCGGAGAAGCAGUCAGUCGAGUCAACCGCCCCAACACCCGCCGCCGAUAGCAUCGGGGGAGGCGAUGCCUCCAUCACCAGUGACGUCACACCCCAAUCUUCAUCCACGACCCCCGCCCCCUCCUCUACAGUAUCUUCUUCCACAGUUUCUGUCCUUUCGCGGAAGAGAACUUUUUCCUCCUCCUCCUCCGGCGGCGACGCCUCUCGUCUGCUCAGCCGGAAAGACUCUGACGUCAGCAGUAUCCAAGACAACAACAUGCAGUCACGUGACCCCGAAGCUCAGUGGCGAUUGGACUACACGAACGUUCACGUUGACACGGACGCUGACAGCACCGCCAUGUCGUCUGUGUCUGAGGAGGCAGGGGAGGGAACGGAUGAAGGGGAGGGGCAUCUGACGUCUGCGACAGGGCGGAGGCUCAGCGGUCUGAGUACCAGCUCUGAUGUCAAGGACCAGAGGCUGAGUCAGUUCCUCAAGGACACGGCGGCUUCUUUCAGCACACAGUUCGGGCACUCGCUGGAGGAGGACUCGAUGUCAGCGUUCCUGAACACGCCCACCAUGAGCUGCAACUCCUGGUCUUCCUAUGACGAGAUCUCCACCCCGCCCUGUGCUGACGUAACAACCAACAAGCACAACGGCUUCCCCAGGUCCAGCGUGGUCAGCAUGGGCAGCCGCAGCACCAGCAUUGCCAGCACCAUGGACCUGUUGUACAGCGCGGACCUGUCGCUCAUGAGCAAGAACAAGAUCGCUGACAAACCGGUCAAGUGGCUCCUCAACACAGAACCCUUUGGACCAACUGCCCGGUCCUGGAGUACAACCCGAUCACCCGAACGGCCACCCUGCCCAGAUACAUGCGACCCCACCUCUCCAGCUCCUCCUCCACUCUCGGCAGUCCUAAACAGAGACCGGCUAGUGUCAACAGCAACUGAGUUUCUCGACCAGGCUGUUGUUAUAACUUUUGAAAAGCAGUGGUUAUGUCUUGUAAUAAGACAUGAUUGUACCAUGUGACAAGUCAUGGUUAUAGUAUGUAAAAAGCCAAGUUAGUAGCACAUGACACAUCAAGGUUUUAGCGUGUGACAAAUCAUGACUAUGCAAAUUCUGGGAGCUUCUUACACUGUAAAUGUAGUGCGAAAUUUCUCUGUGAUGUGGUGGAGCUCAGUUAAGUCUGUUCUUUUGAUACAAUACAUGUAUUGUGCUGGACUUCAGGGAACUUGACUGCUCCUAAUCCCAAAUGAAGUGGUGUUUAAGGACUUUGACUGAUUGAGGAGUUUGGAGAAUGAUUUUCCACCCGUAUGGCGUGAUCUUAUCAGGGAUAAAUGUCAUGUGUGGAAAGGAAUUCAUCUUUCAAAUGAUUUCAUUGUGUGGAGAAGGAAGAACACCCAACUCAUAGCAUUCCUUAAACAGGACAUAAUCUGCCUCAUAGACUCUUCAUUAUAUUACAAUGAUAUGGCUGAAGUGUACUGCUGGGAACCUUCAUUGGCAAAUGCAAACCCUAGUCCCCCCCCCACCCCCGCCCCAUGUCUUCACACGCCACAACGAUCACAGCACAGUGUUUCCUAUUGCUGUGAGAUAAAACUGCAAACCAAGGACACUAGAAUGCCUUGCUGCAAUGCCACUUUGACCUCUACUAGGACCCAGGAUGUUGUGCAUGUGGUCAAGCAGUUCGAAAAAGGUGGGAUGGAAAGGGGGGAGAUGGGGGAGGGGAAGAAGGAAAUGAAGACUAAACCCUAAUUAGAACAGUUAUAUUCAGCCUGUCUUCUUGUGAUCUAGUGAAGCAAUGUGCUACACCACUAAAACAUCUAUUAAAUAGACGUUGUAUGUUUUCAAGUGGACAGAGAAAGGGACCCUUUGACUCUGGCUUCAUCAAGAGUAUCCUGCUCCCAAGUAUAGAUAAAACAAGCCUGAGUAUAGGUUCACACCAUGUUGAAUACAUUACAGCAAGACUUACUGUGAUUGGUCCAAGGGAUCACUUGAGUGCCGAACAAUGAUGAGGAAAAUGGACUUCACAUUUUCAGUGAUUUCCUGUUCUUAUUUUGGCUGGUUUUGUGCAGACUUGUUUACUUUUAACUGUAAAAAAAGUUCACGUGGGUUUGUAUCUUGAUGUAAAGGCUUCAAUAUUGUUAGAGUAAUUAAGAAAACAAUGAUAUUAGGAUCUAGUAAUGAACAAUUUUGUCUGUACAAAGUGAGCAGAAAGUCAUUCCCUGAUUACUGUGGAGUUUCAGGUUACAUCCGGGAAAGACUAUCUUUUUUUUUUUAUAGUAGAGGGUUUUACGGCGCUUGCAAUUGCAUAAGGUCAUAUGAGCGCCAAGGGG